AUGCACAACGAAGAAGAAUUUGGUGAAAUUGAAUGCGUCCCCGUCUCCGAUGUGCUCCCAAACAACGAUAAUGACAAUGAAAGGAAGGACAGAGGGAAGUGGAGUUCGCAAAUGGAUUACCUGUUGUCUGUGAUUGGUUAUUCUGUUAGCCUCACAAACGUGCUCCGCUUUCCUUAUAUGUGCAGUCAAAACGGCGGAGGUGCUUUCCUCAUUCCAUUCAUCGUGUGCCUGGUGUUGUGUGGCCUGCCUCUGUUCUUCCUGGAAGUCGCCAUUGGUCAGUUCUGUGGGAAGAGUGCAGUCCACGUUUGGGUUGUCUGCCCACUAAUGAAAGGUCUUGGAAUUGGCAUGAUGACUAUCUCUGGUAUCGGCGUGGCAGUAUACACUGUGUUCUGUGCCUGGACUCUCUACUACGCUGUCUUCUCCUGUAGAACAAUCCUACCCUGGACAGACUGCACACGCUCCUGGAACUCUGAACAGUGUUUCCAAAGUAUAAAAUCUCUAAAAGCCAUCACCUCUACAGUGUUGAAGGGUAGCGAGAUUAAUUCCACGCUGGUACCAAUCAACCGGACCAGAGGUUUUGCUUUCCGAGGGUGGGAGAAUUCAACACAAGCUCACACGGCAGCUGAAGAGUUCUGGCAGUAGGUACAUUUUGAUUGCCGAUUAUAGGUU